ACCAGCUCCACUACUGGUUAACUAGCUCGAUUCCCGUCCAAUCGGUCGAUCGAGCUCGAGCAAGUAGCGCAGGAGUAAGCCAUGUGGACUAAGAAGGUGGCGACGUCGGUGGUUCUGGUUAUGCUCCUCCUCCUCAUUGCACAGGAGGCCAUGGUCCCUGGCGCGGAGGCGAGGGUGUGCCGGCGGCGGAGCGCAGGGUUCAAGGGCCCGUGCAUGUCCAACAAGAACUGCGCGCAGGUGUGCCAGGGCGAGGGCUGGGGCGGGGGCAACUGCGACGGCCUCCUCCGUCAGUGCAAGUGCAUGAAAAAAUGCUAGCCAUAUGCAUGCAUCGCUAUAUAUGUAUGCCCUAAGCUGCUAGCUAGCUCUCCCGUGUGGUGCGUGGACGUAGGUGCAUACCUAUAUCUAUCUAUGUUUGUAAUUGUCACCGGCUAGCUGUUGCUGCAUCUCGAUCGAUGCACGGGCUAAGAUGAGAAUAAAGACACCGCACAUUACCAUCCA